AUGGCCGGCGCGCCCCGGACUGUGCUGAUCUCCGGCUGCUCCUCCGGAAUUGGCCUGGAGCUCGCAGUGCGGCUGGCCCUUGACCCCCGGCAGCGUUACCAGGUGGUAGCCACCAUGAGGGACCUGGGAAAGAAGGGGGCACUGGAGGCAGCUGCCGGGGAGGCCCUGGGGAAGACCCUCACCGUGGCCCAGCUGGACGUGUGCAGUGAUGAGUCAGUGGUCCAGUGUCUCAGCUCCAUCCAGGGAGAGGAAGUGGAUGUGUUGGUGAAUAACGCUGGAGUGGGCCUGGUGGGGCCUCUGGAAGGGCUCAGCAUAGCCACCAUGCAGAACGUGUUUGACACCAACUUUUUUGGGGCUGUCCGUCUGGUCAAAGCCGUGCUUCCCAGCAUGAAGAGGAGGCGACAGGGACACAUCGUGGUGGUCAGCAGUGUCAUGGGACUGCAGGGUGUCAUGUUCAACGAAGUCUAUGCCGCCUCCAAGUUUGCCCUGGAGGGAUUCUUCGAGAGUCUCGCUAUCCAGCUGCUGCAGUUCAACAUUUUCAUCACCCUGGUUGAGCCAGGCCCGGUGGCCACCGACUUUGAGGGGAAGCUCCUGGAGCAGGUUUCCAGGGCCGAGUUCCCAGGCACUGAUGCUGACACCUUGUGCUACUUCCGGGACAUCUACCUCCCAGCCUCCAGGGAGAUCUUUAGAUCAGUAGGACAGAGACCUCAGGAUGUGGCUCAGGCCAUCGUCAAGGUCAUCGGCUCCGCCCGACCACCCUUGCGCCGACAGACCAACGCCCGCUACACCCUGCUGACCGCGCUCAAAGCCGCUGACCCCUCGGGUCGUCUGUAUGUGCGAAUCGCUCAUGGCCUUCUCUUCCGCUGGCCACGCCUCCUCGACCUCUGCCUUAGAUUCCUGGCUUGCGGCUGCCCAGGAACCCGGGUGUGGCCCCGGUGAGCAGCCGCAAGGCUGACCCUCCGGGCUCCUGAACAGUCAGGCCUCUUCAGUACACACCCGUCUCUGAGGUCCUGCAGACUCUUCAUUCGUUUCAU